CUCGCAGCCAUAACUACUCCCUAGCCUGAGGCUCCCGCACACACACAGAUUUCUCCAGCAGAUAACACACUGGCACAGUAAUGCACUUCGCACACACACACACCCGCUCAAUGUCUCUUACAUGCUCGAUCAGAACUGUCAUCAGAGGCCCGAGUUACCCAAACCGGAUGUGCACCUUAAAAAAGGGCUUGGAGGCGUGACCACUGCAGGCCAAUGGAAAAUAGCCAAAGACAAGCAGCCAUGUGAGGUUAGGGGGGAGAGGGGGGUAGAGAAAGUGAGAGAGAAAGAGAGAGGGUGGCGAGAGAGAGGGAGCUAGAAAGAAAGUGAAAGAGUGGGCAAAAGGCGACAUGUUCUAGCUCAUUUAUUUUUAGUCGACCUGUGAUAGUGUUGUGCAGCGUUAAUGAUUCAUGGAGAGACGAGGGAGAUAGAACGAGACACAGAGGGAGCCGGCGCCACUUUGGCCACGCUCCAACAAGCCUGCAGUAGAGUAGCCUGAUACGGGACAAGGUGGGGGGGGUAAAAAAUGGUAGAGGAGAACAGAGAGAGAGAAAGACAGAGAGAGCAAGAGAGGGAAAGAAAUGGGAAAAUGUGAGGACAGAGGCAGGGAAACAUAAAGACUGUGAUCAUGUGACACUGGGGUGGAAAAAGGGAGAGAGCGCAAUUCCAAAGGUAUUCAAGGAGGAGCAGCCUUGACCACACUGACGUGCAGUUAGGGAGGCAGCCUUGAUUUGACAGUGAGCUUAAGGAGGUGCCAACUCGCGUCACUGGAAACUCCUCGAAGUAAUUAGUGUCUCGCCAAAGACACACAUCUCUGCUCCUCAAAGACAGCAUCUCUGCUGACCAUGACAUGUGACCAGGACACCUGCGAGCGCCUGCAAAGAAACUUGACCCCCUAAGAGUCCUUCAAAAUAGCACAAAGAAACAGGAACAGCGGAUGGCUGCCCUCGGAUGGCUCCCUCAGCCAAGCCCACUGGAGAUCAGAGGUUGAAGGUCACUGAAGGGAAGGGAUCAUUAAGGAUGCUCUGUUAAGACUGGACAAGCCUCCUAUCAAGGAACUCAAGCCAUUUCAUUGCAGAAACACCCAUCUAACAUCUGGAUCAUAACUGAUAGGAACAAUGCCUCCUCUUGAGGUAUGAGGAUUGUUGUCACUGCUGGAAUGCUGAUAUCUGAUUAGUCUGCAUAUUUGAGGGUCACUGCUGCCUCUCCUCAGCUCAGACGGCCUCUCCUGAGCUCCAAGGCUGAAAGAGCACUGGGGCUUAUAUCUGCUCACCUGCGCACAGGAGAGAGAAGGAAGAGAAGGAGGAGGGGGGGAGAGACAGAAGCAGGACGUGCAGUCCAGGGCAGAGCAAGAGUUUACAAAACAGAAGUCGUCGUCAGAAGGACAGGGAGGGUGAGGCUGCACCGCUUGCCGUGGAGCAUUGUUCUGCUCAGGAACACUAAGUCAGCCAGAGAAACUGGGAUUUUAAGGCAGAUCGCAGGACAGAAUCACUGUUUAGUGAGGAGGAGGACGGAGGAAGAUGCCUGAGAACAAGCAGGCGGUCCAGCGGACAGGAAGCUACCUCUCACACUCUGCUUACAGGAAAAUCAAAAGGGUGCUGAGCUUCAGGAGGCGUGUGUUUGGGCAGCGGCUGGAGGAGACUGUGCUGUAUGAGCGACGCUAUGGCGAUCAUAUGGCUCCUCUGGUGGUGGAGCAGUGUGUAGACUUCAUCAGGGAGCGCGGGCUGCUGGAGGUGGGGCUCUUCAGACAGCCUGGCCAGGCCACGCUGGUCAAAGAGCUGCAGGAGGCCUUUGAUGCUGGUGAAAAACCCUCCUUUGACAGCAGCACAGAUGUCCACACAGUGGCAUCUCUGCUAAAGCUAUACCUCAGGGAGUUGCCUGAACCACUGGUGCCAUUCUGUCGCUACCAAGAGUUUCUUAUGUGUGGCAAGAAAAUCCCCUCAGACAGGGAGCAGGGACUGCUGGAGCUGAGAAAUCUUCUUCAUGAGCUUCCCGUAGCCAACUUUAACCUUCUGAAAUACAUCUGCCAGUUUUUAAAUGAGGUCCAGUCCUAUUCUAGCACCAACAAGAUGAGUAUCCAGAACCUGGCGACUGUUUUUGGGCCAAACAUUCUACGGCCCAAAGCUGAGGAUCCUGAGAGUAUUAUUGGAGGGGCAGCCGUAGUUCAGCAUCUGAUGUCCGAGCUAAUCAGAGAGCACUGUACGCUCUUCUCGAAAGAAAACCACAGCUCCCCAGGAACCUCCAUACCUACGUUCUCUCCCACACACAGACAGUGCAGUAAGGUGGAGUGGGUGCAUGCUGAGUCCUCUGCGCAUCCAAGUGAGCCUCAGGUGGGACUGAGUGGCGAUCGACUGCCCCAAGCAAAUCAGACCUCUAUGCAAUGCUCACGGAAGCUCUCUCUGCCACUUAUGACAGAAAGGAGAUCAUCCUACCAAAGUAUGCGCACCCACCGUCUUCUAUCAGAGACGCAGCAGUGGCAGCCUGAGGCUUCUCCUCAGUCCAGCUCAGCUCUGAUUUAUGAGAACCACAACCCAUCCCUUUCUGCACAGGAGUCACCCAGUAAAGGACCCAUCUUUUGUCCGACCACACCACCAUCUGCUUCCUCCUCUAUGACAGCAGUGGCAGAAGGUGGAGACGACUGUGUACAGCCUUGUAGUUGGCCUGGUCUGGGACAAUCUGGCUGGGAGACUGAGAGAGUCCUAGGGGACAGUGGUGGAAGCAGUGAAGCCCAGGAUAGCACCUUGUCUAUAUAUGACAACAUGGGCACCGAGGAACAAACAAAGGAACUUGUGGAAGAUCAGGAGGUAGUCACUGGAAUGAAGGAGUUGGAAGCAUCCCCUAGCGUUGCUGACAGCAGCAGCUCCUGGUCCUCCUGCGAAAUUUUGCCUAUUGACGAAGCAAAUGUGGGAAGCAGGAGCGAUGGACCUGCUAGUCCUUGCCACAGCUCUGCACAUUUCCCUUCUUUUAGGACAGACCCUGGGGAAGGAGAUCCACAUCCCAACUCCCCUGCUUCCUCUUCUGCCCCCACGGAUGCCCCUCUGAGUACUGGCAGCAGUGAAGUCUUUCUCCCGAAUGGGGACCCACAAGGCCCUGCUGCCUCCCAAGUGAUGCAGAGCCUCCUGGCCGGGCUCCGAAACCAAAUGGCCAGGCAAAAAGCAGAGUAUGAAACCAAGAUCAACAGGUUGGAGCAGCGGAAUGAGGUCCUCCAGGGGCAGGUGGUGGAACUGCGUGCUUCUCUGGAGCAGCAGCGGCGCUGGGUCAGUGCGGCAGAGAUAAAGAUGAGGAACGUUGAGCGAGCCCGAGUGGAUGCAGACCGGCGCAACGCCGCACUGCAGAGAGAAAUGGAGCAGUUCUUCCACACCUUCGGAGAGCUCAAUUCAGAGGCCCGCAAAACAGAGCGCAUCAUUCAGAGCUUCUGAGGCUCCCAGACACUGCCACCAAUCUGUGUUCCCAUAACAAUACCAGUUGAACAUUUGAACGCAACCUACUCUUUUCUUUACCGUCAUAUUUUACACAUUUUAGAAUAAUAGUAAAGAAAAAAAAACAUGAAAAAUGGUAUUACUAUAGUCAGAAAUACUGACCAUUUAUCAGGGCUAUUCUGACCCAUGCCAUGCUACCUCAUAAACGCAACUAAUUUAUUUAAAUGCAUUAAGGAGGACAGACGUUUGAUAAAUGAACCUGAAGUUCUGUAUAAGAACAUGUUAAAAAUAUACUGUACACCAUCAGGAAACAAAAUUAUCUAUUGAAUAGAACUUUUGUUCAUCAGGGUACAAACAAUGUGAACGUACCCUCAAAGGUGAAACAGUAGUCUUAAGGCCAACCUGUGGAGUUUUAAAGCAACACUACAUUCACUUUUGUCUGAGGAAAGGGGCAUAUUUAUACAUUCAAUAUUUAAAAAUAAAAACAAAGUCUGGAGUCAAAACAUGGCAUAUAGAGUAAAUACAAUUUAAAAAUAAAUAAAAACAAAAAGUAUAGGCACAAUGGAAUAUGGUACAACUAUGCCCCUGUGAGGGUACCACUCCAGUGUCAUGAGGGACAGUUUGGUACCUUUGUUUCCUGAGGGGGUAUAUACACAUAUAUUUUAAUUUAAAACUUCUGUGUUUUAGUAAUAAAUUCAUGCAGGCAUCAAAUACCAUUAUUAUUUGUGGUAGACACAAAUUUCUGCCUAAACCAUGAUGAUUAAAACGUCUUAAGGUUACGAAGAACACAUUCAUUCGGGCGUGUUCAAAUUUUUGACUGGCACUGUUAACACCUUCUAAAACCAUCUCAGGCUUCCAAUGAUAAAAGCCUACUGCAACCCUAAAGGGAAAAAGUGCUUCAAAUACAAGCAGUGCAGGUGCUAAGAAAAGAGCCAGGAGCAACCAGGAGGACCAGGGUGUUCUUUAUGGAAGUAAUGACUGUCUGAAAGAUGGCUUUUGCUAUGCAGGUACUCGGAAACAAUGGAACGACCCAAACGUAGGGGAAGAGGUAUGUCUAGCGAGCAUGGAUAUCAUAAAAUACAUGAGACAGGAUGAGUGAAGUCUCAUGAAGCAUUGAGAAUCUAUUUAGGUUUUGAUGUAUGAUUUCAUGUACUGACACUGUAUCUAAGAGUUGGGUGCUUUAAUGGAAAUAACACUGAAAAUUGGAAGCAACUCUUCCUAUGUUUUAUGUAACACAAAACACUGUACAUACUGCACUUUAACUGAUAUGCAUUUAUACAGAAAUAAAAUAUGUAAGAAACGUAAAAGCAGCACGUCGUUUUCAGCUUUUUUUUUUAUUUAGCCAGUUGUUACAGAUGUUUCUUUUUCUCCCAUACAGAAAAAUGGAUCUGACUCUCCAUUGCAGUAGAUAUAGGAUCCUGUUUGAAAUUUUGCAUAUGUUUCAGACAAGGUUGUAUGGCAAGAACUCACUGAGAGCUUCUACUCUCAACAGCCCACCAAGAGCGCAUCCAUACAUGUCACGACGAUACAAACCACGCAAAAGCAAUACGGACGUAUUUGUACAUAGCAGUUAAGAUAUUUACUCUUCAGGUUUUGACUGAAACAAGUUUGAGUGACCCAUGGCUUAAAAAUGUAGAUAUGUUGUCUUAAAAAAAGGCAAAAAUAACAAAAAAGUGGAACUGCUCCUGGGAGAACUCUGAUACUAAAUGUGAACUGGUUAAAAAACACAAAA